UCCACCAUCCGGUAGUAUCGUAGGCGACCCCACGCCAGCGUUACCCGAAGCGCUGUAGCUUUUACUGAUGUUGUAUGUGCGCGAAAUGAAAAAGCACCUUUUAGAAAUGUAGACCUAAUUCGGAGCAGCAGUAUUCUUCGGAUAUGGAGCGACAUCGAAAUUUGAGUUAUUUUUGAGCAGACGUGGUGCAUUUGUAACGUUAUACGGCCAUACAUAGCAGCCUGACCAAGCCCGGUGCAUGCAGCUGAAUCUGUGGAGACAGUCUGAAGACGGCGUUUUCCUUCAACGGUCCUGCUGCAAGAAGCUCUCGAAGUGAAGAGACUGGCCUGAUGGCCUGAGUGUGGAUUACUGUGUGGAUUUGAACCAUGUAAAGAUCAGCAGUCCAUAAUGGGGAUGGCUGCGAGGUUGUGUGUGGCAGUGAGCAGCUGAGGUCUGCUUGGUCUCCUCAUCUGGCUGAGAGCAUGUACAGGAGGAAUGGGCUCCCUGCCAGUGUCAGCAUCACCUCCGCCACUACCCAGGACAGCAGUAGUUCUGAGUCUCUGGAUGGGCGGAGUUUGGACUCUGCUAAGAGCUAUGACGCGGUGGUGUUUGACGUGCUCAAAGUGACACCUGAGGAGUUCGCUGGCCAGAUCACUUUGAUGGAUGCACCUGUAUUCAAAGCAAUACAGCCUGAGGAGCUGGCCAGCUGUGGAUGGAACAAGAAGGAGAAGCACAGCCUUGCACCUAAUGUAGUUGCCUUCACCCGGAGGUUCAACCAGGUCAGUUUCUGGGCAGUGAGGGAGAUAUUGACAGCGCAGACUCUGAAGAUCCGAGCCGAAAUCUUAGGUCACUUCAUCAAAAUAGCAAAGAAGCUGCUGGAACUGAAUAACCUGCACUCUCUGGUGUCAGUGGUGUCAGCCUUACAGAGCGCACCCAUCUUCAGGCUUAGUAAGACCUGGGCGCUGAUCAGCCGAAAGGAUAAGGCCACUUUUGAGAAGCUGGACUUCCUGACAUCAAAGGAGGAGAACUACACCCGUAUGAGAGAGUACAUCAGAUCCCUCAAAAUGGCUCCAUGCAUCCCUUACCUGGGAAUUUACCUGUUUGAUAUGACCUACAUCGACUCUGCCUACCCAGCCACUGACAGCAUCAUAGAGACUGAGCAGAGGGCCAAUCAAAUGAACAAUCUUCUCCGUAUCAUCUCCGACCUGCAGAUGUCUUGCAACUAUGAUCACUUGCUGACAUUACCACAUGUGCAGAAAUACUUGAUGUCAGUGCGCUACAUUGAGGAACUGCAGAAGUUUGUGGAGGAUGACAAUUAUACGCUGUCUCUGAGGAUUGAACCUGGAAACAGUUCACCUCGCCUGGUGUCUUCCAAAGAAGACCUUGGAGGACCCUCAGAGGAGUCUGUCUCAGUGAGGUACAAUCGGAGACCAACAUGUCCUGAUACAUCAGUUGUAGCCCACCUGCCUACCCCACCUCCAGCUCGGCACAGGAAGAGCCACAGCCUGGGCAAUAAUAUGAUGUGCCAGUUUGGUGUGGUAGAGAGUAAGAGUGCCACUUUCUCUGCGAAGGAGAAAGCUCGUCACCUGCUGGACGACAGCUUCUUAGAGUCCCACAGCCCUGUGAGGAACCACACUCACGACUCCGUCUUCACCAACGGCAUCUCAUUAGGCAGUAGAGAAAGCUCCUUCAGUGACGAGUUAUCAUCUACUGUUGAAAGGGGCCGUAUGUAUGCUACACUGGGCCCAAACUGGAGGGUUCCUGUGCGUAACUCUCCCAGAAGCAGAAGCUAUGUUUACAGUGCCUCAGGAGCGGUGUCAAGUUAUGAGUGCAGCUCACUGAGCAGCAUCACUAUCGAAGGGCCCCUACGAAGGAAAACGGUGAUGAAAGAGGGCAAGAAACCUACACUUUCAUCAUGGAAACGCUACUGGAUUGUUCUGUCCGGUUCCACUCUUAUCUACUUUGGCUCUAAAGCUUUAAGAGCAAAUGAAAGGAGACAUUACAAAUCCAGGCCCUGUAAGAAGAUCUCAUUAACAGGCUGGAUAGUGGUGCUGCCGGAUGACCCUGAGCAUCCAAAUAUUUUCCAGCUCAAUGACCCUGAUAAAGGUAAUGUUUACAAGUUCCAGACUGGAUCUCGCUUUUCUGCAAUCAUCUGGCACAAGCACUUAGCUGAGGCCUGCAGGUGUAUAAGACCACAGAUACCAGCCAACCUAAUGUCUUUUGAAUAGCUGCCAGCUGCAGAGGGACAAAAAAGGACCAGUCCUGAAGCUGUGAAAGAGGAAAUGAACAAUGAGAAAGUUGAUCUAUAAUGUUACAUUGUGAAACAUGUGUCCACACAAGCAACCCUGUUGAUCAGGGACCAGUAUUUAUGGGCUUUUGCUUGGUGUUAAUCAACAGAAGGGUUAUGUGCAAUUUGGGGAUUCUUACUGAAAACGUGCCGAAGAAGAACAAGGGAAACAUGGAGGACACAAAUGACACCAACACUUCAGGAAACUUCAGAGGGUGGUGGUCAUAGAAAAUCCACCACAUCUCAACUGUGCAGGAAUCCUAAAUGAGCCCACUUGGGCUUCACUACUCCGAUGAAGCUGUUAAAAAACUGUUCAAGGUUUUAAGUAAAGCAGAUUUGGACAAUUUGAGAUCCUUGUCCAGACCUGAUCAAAGGAAAUGGCAAAAGAAAGAUAUUUUUGCCUACAGCAAGGAGAAGUACUGAUGCCAGUUAUCAAGGUCAGUCUUGACCUUGACCUUUUCUGGACUGUUAGGCCACAUUAUAGGGGGGCUGGCACCAAAAAUGAUAUAUCACUCUUAUUCAGUAUUGUACAUGCAUUUUGCUGUAUGUGAAAGGUGUCAAAAAUUAAAUGUACAAAAUACUGUCUUAUUUAUAUGUUUUAAUGUGAACAAGUGCCAAAAUUAUGAUAUUUGUAUGAUUAUAAAUGUUAUCAUUAUUUUGACUCCAUGUGACUUUCUGUGAAUUAAAAAGAAGCACUUAGAAAGUAUAGAAAGUAAUAAAAAGUAUGCUGGAACAGUGAGAUGUCCCACUAUAGAUCAGAAAGGAUAGAUAAUUACUUACAUUAAGCAUGCUCUUAAUUGGCAAGCCCUCAAUAUUUAUAAAAAGACUAAACACAGAAAAUGGUAUAGCUAUACUAAUAAGCUAACCUCAAGUUCUUAUUCCACCCCCCCAUAGUUUCUCUGUUGGUGGUAGUGCAGUCGGUUUUGAAUAAAUCCUAAUCUUGUGUAAAUUGCUGUACAUCGCAACAUAUUUUUAUUUUCACAAUAUUGUGACAACACAAUCGGUGUUCAUCAGUCUGCCCCUUCUUUAAAGGGAAUUCCACUGUGUUUUUUUUAAAUGUCUGCAUUUUGAAAUGGUUAAAAUGUAAACAAAGUCACUCAGAGUAGGUUGAUAAGAAACAUACUGUUCUAGAGAAACAUGCCAGUCAAAAUAGUUUGUGAUGGUGGUGAUAUGAACUACACAUCUGUUUAAUGUCUCUAAAAGCUAGAAAAAACUACGUUAAAUGCUUAUGAAUAUGUAAGACACUGUUUUAUGGUAGCUUUGAGAGUUUUGGCCUAAUAAAUAUGUAUACAUUAUACAUCCUA